GCCACAGAGGCGCUCGCCAUGGCUGAGUUUGGGGAUCUUUUAUGUGCUCUGGGGGAGUGUGGGCUCUAUCAGAAACUGCUGAUCCUGCUCCUCUCCCUCCCACUACUUCUCAAUCCUUUCCAAAUGGUUGGCCAAGUGUUCAUGGUUGUGGAAGUGCCUCACCACUGUGACACCAGCUGGAUCCGCGCCGUCGGCCCCAACCUGACGGAGGAAGAGCAGCUGAACCUCACCCUGCCCCGCGGCGCCGACGGGCAGUUUGAGCAGUGCUCCAUGUUCUCCCCGGUGGACUGGGACCUCGAUGCCAUCCUGGCCUAUGGACUGAACAACACGGAGAAGUGCAGCAGUGGCUGGGUGUACCCCUCAGACCAGCCACCAUCCCUGCUGACCGAGUUUGACCUGGUGUGUGACAGGGCGGUCCUGAAUGAUGUCUCCCAGUCCAUCUACAUGGCUGGGCUUCUCAUUGGAGCCAUGAUCUUUGGGAUGCUGAGUGACAGGAUAGGCAGGCGGCCAGUCUUUCUCAUCUCCAUCCUCAUCCAGGGGGUAUUUGGCCUGGGAAUUGCCUUUGUGCCCCAUUUCUAUGUGUUCAUGGCCUUCAGGUGUGUCGUGGGAGCUGCGUUGUCAGGAAUUAUGAUUACAGUCGUAUCCCUGGCUACAGAAUGGGUUGGUGUCUCCUACCGGACAAAGGCACUGUUGAUUACUCACACGGCUUUUGCCAUCGGGCAGAUGUUGGUGGCUGGUUUGAGUUACGGGAUUCGCAACUGGAGGCUGCUGGAAAUUGCAGGAUCUGCUCCUAUGUUUGCCCUUUUCUUCUACAUCUGGGUGCUCCCAGAGUCAGCUCGCUGGCUGGUGACCAAGGGCAGAAUCGAGGAAGCCAAGAAGGUCCUGCAGAAGGCGGCAGCCACCAACAAGCGCAGCCUCCCUCCAGAGCUCCUGGAGCAGUUGAAGCCUGAGAAAGAGGCCAAGUCUGGAAGUUUCCUGGAUCUCUUUAGGAAGAAGCACCUGCGGAAUGUGACUUUAAUCAUGUCGUGUGCCUGGUUUGCAGACAGCAUUGUCUACUAUGGGCUGAGCCUCAGCGUGACAGAUUUUGGUCUGGACAUCUACCUGACACAGCUGGCCUUUGGGGCAGUGGAACUUCCAGCUCGAAUUUCCUGCAUUUUCCUGCUGGAGUGGUUUGGGAGGAAGAAAGUGCAGGGCAUUCUCCUGCUGCUGGCUGGCCUGAUAUGUCUCAUCCUCACUGGCAUUCCUGAAGACCAGCCCGUGGUAAUCACCGUUCUGGCUAUCCUCGGCAAGUUCACAGCCACGGCCGCUUUCUCCACCUCCUACGUCUACGCCGCUGAGCUCUUCCCCACCAUCCUCAGGCAGACGGGUGUGGGGCUGUGCUCAACCAUGGCGAGGGUGGCCGGGAUCCUGGCCCCUCUGAUCAUUCCCCUGGACCAGUACCACCGGGCCAUCCCCAAAGCCAUCUAUGGGAGCAUCCCUGUGGUGGUGGCCCUGUUCUGCAUCCUGCUGCCCGAGACCCGCGGCAUUGACCUGGCAGAUGACACAGGGAACGAACAACCUCUAGAUGAGGAGCAGAAAACUGAAGUGUCUCUCUGAGAUACCAGAGAUGAUGACAGACUUGGAGAAGGACGUCUGCAGAUGCUCAGAGAGGAAGCAAUGAUUGGACAGGCAUCUACCAACAGUCUAGUCUGAUUCCAUCAUUCUCGAAGCAGACCAGGGAGGCAUUGCUGCCUGGAAACUGGUCUUUCAGAUGGUGAACACAAUAUCCAUGGUCACAGGGAGAGGAGAUCUAUAUCACUCUGCCUUUGGA